GUGAAAACGCGCGCGGGAUUUUCCGUCAGUUCGUUAAGCGUAGAGCGAGCGCAGCAAAUCGCAGUGACUUUUAUUGGAACGUUGUGGCAGACACGGCUAAGUAGUAUACAUCAAUAAUUGGAACAAGGAACGCAUCCAUCUCGCAAUAAACAAACCUGCCAUUCAUGAUCCAGAGCUUCGAGUCGUUGUGCACUUUACUCGUAUGUAUGUAUGUAAAUGACUCUGUCUUCAAUGCAACUGUGCCCACAGGCAUGAUAAAGUCCGUACUGCUGCUAGGGAGAACGACUCUUAAUUUUGGUGUACAAUAGAAGUGAAUAGAUUUGCUGCUGGCUGUUGGUUCGACGGACAUCAAAUCAGAAUCAGAAUAGGAGUACGGGUACGUACGAGAUCGAGUGGAUAGCAAAGUGCUAAACAGUGACAGUGUGAAAUGGCAAUGAAGACGUCGGGCAAAAUGUAUUUGGUUAAUAGUAGCCUCGUCUAUGGCGUGACAAUUGUACUCUUGGCGCUUGCUUAUGGAGCGCAGCAAGUUGGCGCUCAGAAUCCGCCGCAGCAACAGGUGUGUCCGGAGCAAAACGAUAUCGCGCCCUGCAUAUGUACCUUGAAGAAAAAUGGACUGGAUAUCUUGUGUGAAACGACAGACUUGGCGCAUAUAACCAAAUCGAUGGGCACCCUGAAAGGACAGAGUCCCAUCAUUUUCUAUUUGAAAUUACGCCACAACAACCUGCCCAAACUGCAAGGUUUUGUUUUCCUCGCUCUGGACAUUCGUCACUUGACAAUCCACAACAGUAGUUUGGCAGCCAUAGAAGAGAAUGCGCUCAGCUCUUUGGGUAAUGGACUUACACAGUUGGAUGUGUCGCUUAAUCAAAUGAAAACGGUGCCAUCAGCCGCUUUAAAGCAUCUCUUCCAUUUGCUGAUCCUGAAUUUGAAUCAUAACAAAAUUAGCGUCAUUCACGAUAAUGCUUUUGAUGGCUUGGAUACUUUGGAAAUACUUACCUUAUACGAGAACAAAAUUACUACGAUUGAUCCGGAGGCGUUUAGAGGAGUCGAGAAAAAACUUAAACGCUUAAAUCUUGGCGGCAACGAUCUCACGACAAUUCCACAAAAAGCUCUCUCUAUACUGGACGCUCUGAAGAAAUUGGAAAUUCAAGAAAAUAAAAUCAGCAGCAUACACGAGGGCGAUUUCGCAGGAAUGGAAAGCUUAGACUCAUUGAUUUUGGCACACAACAUGAUCACCACCGUUCCUGCCAACGUAUUUUCCCAACUUAGUCUUUUGAACUCAUUGGAACUGGAAGGAAAUAAAAUAAGCACAAUUGACAAAGACGCUUUCAAGGGAUUGGAAGAGAAUCUUCAAUAUCUCCGCUUGGGUGACAACAAUAUUCAAUCCAUUCCCAGCGAAGCUUUACGUCCACUGCAUCGUUUGCGUCAUUUAGAUUUAAGGAAUAACAACAUAAGUUUUAUACAAGAAGAUGCUUUCGCCGGCUAUGGAGACUCACUUGCAUUCCUCGAUUUUCAGAAGAAUGACAUAAAAGUUUUGCCGAGUAUGAUUUUUGAAAAUCUCAACUCUCUGGAGACACUUAAUAUCCAAAACAACAAACUGUCGCGCAUUCCGCAAGAUAUUAUGGAGCCAAUCACUGACACGUUACGCAUUAUCGAUAUAACAGAUAAUCCUUUGAUAUGUUCGUGCGAGCUUACAUGGUUCCCGAAGCUUUUGCAGGAUCUAAAGAAUCGCGAUGACGAAAUGGCGCAGAAGAAGAAGCCCACUUGCCACAUGCCUAUCGAAAAUCGACAAUACUACGUACAAGCAAUGCCAUUGGAGAAGAUGCACUGUGUGGGCACAAGCGGUGGCGCGUCGAUCUACAUGAAUAUGCUGUUGCAUGUGCCGCAUUUGCGUCUGCUCACCAGCGUGGCGCUUAGCAUAUUUGCGACAGUGGUUCGAUUUUAAAAAGCAACGCAGCAGCACACAAAUGAGCAGUUGUUUCAGUACAUCCACUGGCUCUGAAAUUCAUUUGUAAAAAAAUGUGUUCAGUUAAAAACGAGCGAUAUUCUUGGGAUUUGGAAAAAAUUGAUGCGAAUAUUGAGCAAAUCAAAUGGGAUGGAGAGAAGAAGUGUGUACGCAUCACUUCAUAUUGCAGGCAAAGGCAAGAAGGUGCAUACGCACAUACAAGCACUGGGAUAUUUCCCCGUAACGGUACAACUGCUGAAGAGUGUCAGCCAUAGAUACGCGCGCAAUAUAUAACUGUUUAGAAUUUAUUGUUCAAAAUCCAACACACACACACAUACAUAUCAUGAAGAGAUGCCAUUCUUACGCAUAUAUACAUACAUAUCAAUAUCUUUAUAUGGAAUAAGUACCUACUAAGUUUUUGUGAACAUUUUUAGUAAAGCUAAGAGAAUUGUAUUGAGAGUAUAGAAUAUAUAUGGUACAUACAUACAUGCAUUCAUAUAUAUAUACAUAUAUAUAUAUUUAUUUAUAUAUUAUAUAUGUAUUGUGUAUUAAAAGUGUAACUUUUUUUAUAAUAUUUUUUGCUGAAAGUUAGAGUGAAAAUCUUUGCAGCUAAACAGCUAUGAAACUAAUACAUGCAUACAUACAUAUUUAUUGAAAUUACCUAUAUACAUACGUCUAUAUGUACUCCUAUUCGAAUGUUUACUAGAAAAUAUUUGCUAAAUGUUUGUUGAAAUUCUUAUUUAUCUUAUUUUUCAUAUACAAAUACGCAUAUACAUGCAUACAUAUAUACAUGUAUGUAAUAGUCUAAUGUAAAAGGGAAUCUACUAACGAAAAUUCAAUGUCACCGUUGUGAGCUACAAUCAUUUUUGGGUUUGUGUAUAUGUAGAUAUUCAGAUAAAAAAGACAAAAGUAUAAAAAAAAAAUCUAAAAAAUAUUCACGGCGUAUUAAAUUUAGUAACGCUUAUUAAAAUUUUCCACUUUUAACUCACUGCUUCUUACGAACUAAAACUAAAUGUGUACCUACAUACAUACAUACAUACGUUUGAUAAUUGUAUAAAAAAAAAAAUUAUUUCAUAUCAGACCGAUUUAUCGCAGUUUUCAAAUACACACACACACACUUACAAAUGUCACAAGAACUGAUUAUGGAAUAAGUAGUUUGUACUCAUUACUCAUAAAGUGAGCAUAGGAUUGAAAAAAAUCACGGUUUUGAUUGAUUAAUAUAAAAAAAAAAAUUGGUGGACAAAGUCAUCAUUUUCAAUUAAUAUGCCUGCCUAAAACGUUUUUGUUAAUUUAAAAACCGAAAAAAAACAUUCUUUAGCAAGUGAAGUAGAAUUGGGGGAAUAGUGAGCUACUGAACGAAUAGUUUUCAUUGAAAAGCAGUACUAAAUUUGCACCAAAAAGUGACUCUAAUUCGAUCUAAUAUUUUCCUAUUUUCUUAUAUUUUUUUAUUCAUUGUUUUUUUUUUUAUUUUUGUUAUAUAUUUUUAUACAAUAUUUUUUUUAUUUAAUUUUUUUUUAU